AUGCCCAGUACUUCAUUUGGUGAUAAGACCGACACUCUCUGUACGGCAAGGAUAGGCUUGGUUUUACUUUCGGCGCCAGUCGACGGAAGCCUAUCUGAAGCGAGCAAGACGCCCGUCUGCCCACGGCAAUGCCCUGUGAUGGAUGAAGCUUGCAACGAGGCUCUGUGCCGUGAGGCCGCCUGCGUUUGGCAAGGAGAAGGAGAAGAUCACCCUGACGCUGCUUCUUGCACCUCGCCCUCGGGAACGUCCAGCGGGUCGUCGUCGUGCUCAUUGGGGUUGAAUCUGGGUGAUGGGUCGACUUACUCCCCACCUGAUGAUUAUUCUUCGGAGUUGUCUUCAGCGUCGUCGAGCACCUUGCAUCUGGACUCCGAGGCAGAGGGGCCUCUCUACGAGCUGUCUUCGCUGCUAGCCCAGCUUCCUGCCAGGAGAGGGUUGUCCAAGUACUACCCAGGGAAGUCCCAAUCAUUCACAUGGAUAUCUAAUGCUACAUGUCUUCAAGACCUUGGAAAGGAAGUUACCUACAGCAAGAGGAUGAAGACAUGCAAGAGCUACGCAGCAGGAUUAGGCAUGAACCAGCGGUCAAAUCACUUACCGAGGACAUGCAACAAGAUGAUAGCCAAGAGGCCCUCAAAAAGUUCAUUUGCUUGUCAAAUGUCCAGAGCAAGCAGCACCAACCUCUUGUACAGGAGUGCCAAUUUACCUGCACACCAGAACAAGGAAGAUGUACAAAUGCAUAUGAACUCUUAA